AUGAAGAGCUGGCUGGAGACAGCCGGCAGCAUGGAGGAUGGACCGUUGCCUUGUAUGCUCGCUGAGCCAAGGGAAGCUCUAUUGCCUAUCACUGGAAGAGAGAAUUUAGCUCCAAGAAAACGAGACCGAACAUUAGAACCAUGCGCCUUAUCAGAAGAAGCGUAUCUCUCCAGUGGAACGGGAUCUCCUUGUGCUGGCCUUUCUCGAGAGGAGCGGAGGAGACGACGUCGCGCCACACUUAAGUACAGGACAGCACAUGCAACCAGAGAAAGAAUACGAGUAGAGGCAUUCAACGCUGCAUUUGCAUCGCUUAGACGCCUCCUACCAACCUUGCCACCGGAUAAAAAGUUAUCAAAAAUUGAAAUUUUAAGGCUUGCAAUAUGUUACAUAGCGUAUUUAAAUCAUGUGCUAGAUGCGUAA